CCCGUUGGACGCCAAACAGGUCGUUUAGUGGUCGGUUAUGUACUUAGCCAUGUAAUUUACGGCUCCGUCGAUAGUAUUUUUGCCCCAUUCAACGCGGUUAAUAUCGAUACCUGCCAACAUGGACAGUCGCUAGGAAGACAAUUACAUAUGUCAUGGCCGCCCAGGGUCGCACGCAGAUCUUAUCCGCACUCAAACCCAGUCAGCCGGGGCCAGGCGUCCAAUCACCUGUUGCCAUCCUCGAGCCCUUUGCUCGCAACCUCAAGCCUCCCGUCGAGGUACUGCACACUCCUCCACUGCCAUCCAUCCCACCACCUGCAUCUUCUGCCCGUUCCAUUUCCCUUCUUCCGCUCGGCUCACUUCUCCGCCAUCAUGUUCGCCCUCCGUCGCCUGUCAAUGGCCCCCUCCCUUGGCGCCCGCCGCAUGUUCCAUCAGUCUUCUCCAGCCCUUGUGAGCGUUGGCGACAGAAUUCCCAAUGUGGAACUCAUGGAGGGCUCCCCGGGAAACAAGGUCAACAUCGCAGAUGAGCUCAAGUCCGGAAAAGGUCUGAUUGUCGGCGUCCCAGCUGCCUUCUCCCCCUCUUGUUCCGAAAGCCAUAUUCCCGGCUACGUCAACUCCAAACAGCUCAAAUCAGCUGGUCGUGUAUAUGUUGUCUCUGUCAAUGAUGCCUUCGUCAUGAAAGCGUGGGGUAAAACCCUAGAUCCUAGUGGUUCAAGCGGCAUUCGCUUCCUCGCUGACCCCGAUCUGCGCUUCACCAAGGCUCUCGAUCUCUCUUUCGACGGUGCGGCAAUUUUCGGCGGUGACCGAUCCAAGCGUUAUGCGUUGGUCGUCGAGGAUGGCGUAGUCAAGGAUGCCCAUGUAGAGUCGGACAACACUGGUUUGAAUGUGUCUGCCGCCGACAAGGUUCUGGGACAAUAG